UAUUCAGACGCAGUGCGAAAAUGCUUUCUGUGUGCCGGGUGUUUGAGGGUACGACUAAUAUUUAACUUGUAACUCUGUUGUGUGCUUUCGUUUUGAUGUAUGAACAUUUUAAAACUAACCUGUCGCAGUUACGGUUAAGAGUUAUACGGUACAUUUCUCGUUUGUACUGUAUUUUAGCUGCUCGUCGUCGUGUCCGGAGUCUUGUUACUGGUUGCUAGCUGCUAGCAAGUGACGUAGCUUGUUUUUAGUCGCGUGGCAGCGUUCUGAUUCUGAUCAGGAUGACAGCAGCGCUGCAGCAUCCAGGAUAUGAGGAGCAGAAGCUCCAGAGGGUGACUGAGCAGCUGCCCUGCAGAGAGCUACAGGCUGGCCUGCUGCUGUCCAUAAUGGGAGAGCCAGAGCAGUACAGCUACCCUUCAAUUUUCAUCUAUGGUCAUCGCGCCUCAGGAAAGAGUCAUGUGAUACGCGUUUUGCUGAAGGAACUAGAGCUGCCUCAAGCCACGGUCAGUUGUGUUGAAUGUGUUUCUGUCGGCCUGCUGUUUGAACACAUACUGCUGUCCUUCUUUGGCUGUGAUGCUGCUGCGCUGCUCCCUCGCAGUCCCUCCCUGUCGGACUUUAUACGCAUCUACAGACAGCACUGUUCUCAGACCACUGCCAGACAGACCCGUUAUAUUGUCAUGGAAAAAGCAGAGCUUCUGAGAGACAUGGAUGCCAAUCUCCUUCCUGCUCUUCUGCGUCUUCAGGAAUUGGUGGAGGACAACGUCACUGUCAUCCUGCUCAGUGAAAUAGCGUGGGAGAAGUUCAGACCAAACACAGGCUGUUUUGAACCCCUUCUGCUCCAUUUUCCAGACUACAGUAAAGGUGAGCUGCUGCAGAUUCUUUCCCAGGACAGCCAUCCGUCUUAUUCCACUGAGUUCUACGCAUCUUAUAUCAACAUCCUGCUGGGAGUCUUUUACUCCGUGUGCCGAGACCUAAGAGAGCUUCGUCACCUGGCUGCCCUCAACUUUUCAAAGUUCUGUGAGCCUUUGGAAGGAGAAAAAGUGAAAGAGAAUGAAACACACAAGCUGUGGAAAAACAUUGAACCUCAUUUGAAAAAAGCCAUGCAGACAGUUUAUCUUCGAGAGGUUUCAAGUCUUCAGUGGGAACAGCUGCAGCAAACUGAGAACGAAUCUGAAGCCUUGAGAGGUCUGUCUGCUCACACUCAUGUUGAACUACCUUAUUACUCCAAGUUCCUGUUAAUUGCAGCCUACCUGGCAUCCUACAACCCUGCCCGCACAGACAGACGUUUCUUUUUAAAGCACCAUGGUAAAAUAAGAAAAACAAACUUCUUGAAGAAAAAUGAAAAGACAAGUAACCACCUGCUGGGACCCAAACCCUUCCCUCUGGACCGCCUGUUGGCUGUUUUCUACAGUGUAGUGGACAGUAGAGUGGCUCCCACCGCCAGCAUCUUCUCCCAGAUCUCAUCUCUGGUGACCUUGCAGCUCUUAACUCAGGUGGGUCACGAUGACCAGCUGGACGCCCCCAAGUACAAAUGUGCCGUUUCUUUGGACUUCAUCUGUGCCAUAUCCAGGACGGUGAACUUUGACAUUGUGAAGUACCUCUACGAUUUCUUAUGAGGCUGCUGUGCAUUAAAGAGAUCAGCGUAAAACAAACAAGAGGAACACAAAGACUGUUUAGGGGAGAGUUAUGGUAUGCAAGAGUAAGUCCCUUAGGCUGCUCCCUUGUUUUUCACUUGGGGUCACCAGAGCAGAUCCAAAGUGGUGCUACACAUGGAUUUGGCACAAGUUUUUCACAGGAUGCAACUCCACAUUACAUGGAGCAAUGUAUGUAAAUAAUUAAUUUCAUGCAUUACCCCCCCCCCAGGUGGCUGAUAAGUGAAGUUUGACGCAGAAGCUUCUAUCUCAAAAUAUGUUCAAUAUGCCAAUCUGUAAAAUAAAGACCAUAUUAGCAAAUACACUUGACUUUUUUUUUGCUGUUGUUUUGAAGGAAUUGUUUGAGAUUUUGAUCAU